AUGAUGCUCGACCACGACUCCCCGUUGGUACAGCCCUCCGCGGCUCCCGACAUCGCUCCGGAGUCGACGGUGGAGCCUCUGCCACGUCUGUCUGAGGUCCCGCAGCCAGCGCCAUUGCGACGGAUAGACCUUGUAUUCGAGCAGAAGGGAUCCUUGGGCAUCGAGUUCAAGGAGCUUGCCGCGCCCUUCGUCAUCGAGCAGGUCCACAGUACUGGCCUGGCUUACAACCGAGAUCUGCAGAAGGGAGAUCAGCUCAUCCUCGUCGGCGGGGAGGACGUGACCAAGCUGGCCUGGGAUGAGUUGGUGCAGAAGCUGGGGCCCAGGCCGGUGUUGGUGACCUUCGAGCGUCCUGAUGCCGUCGAGGAAGAGCCCACCCCGGCGACCUUCAUGUCUGGCCUCGGCAGCACCAUGCGCAGCCUCGGCGGAAGCGUCAUGGAGCAGGGCUUGGAUCUGGGGAAGAUGGGCAUCGCCGGCGGCCUCGAGAUCGGUACCAAGGGCCUGGAGCUCGGCAGUAAGCUGAGCAGCGCGGGCAUGGGCUUCGGAAGCAAGGAAACGGCAGCUGACGCCCCCGCGCCAACGGAGAAUGGCGUGCAGGACCAUCUCCAGCAGGAUCUAGCGCAAAGUCAGGAGGCAGAGCGCUUGCAACUGGAAGUCCGACGACUGCUGCCGUUUGAAGAGGCAAGCAAAGAGCUGGAGGCACGCCUCAAAGAGGCAGAGCUGCAGCUUGAGCAGCGGAGUCAGGCGCUGACAGAGCUCGAGCGCCAGCGUGCAGCAGACUCCGCGGCUAUCCAGGGCCUGAAGGGCGAUCUGGCCUCGAUCCACGAGACCGGAGCAUCCCAGGCAGGUCAGCUGGAGUCGGCGCUGCGGGAGCGUGACGAGGCCCAGCAGAAGUUGCAGGAGGCUAUGCAACGGAGUCAGGAAAACCUCCAAGCGGCAGAUGCCGGCCGCGCCCUUUCCAUGGAGAAUGAAGCCCUCCAGCAGGAGUUGUUGCAGAGCAGAGAGGCCAGCAAAGAGCUGCAGGCACGACUCCAAGAGGUAGAGCUGCAGCUCGAGCAGCGCAGCCAGGCGAUGACAGCUCUCGAGCACCGCCGUGCAGCGGAUGCACCCGAGCCCGAGACCUUCUUCAUCGGAGACGAUGAAAACACCCAGGUCGAGGACGCCGGCGCAGCCCAGGCGCAGCAGCUAGAGUCGGCGCUGCGUGAGCGUGACGAGGCCCAGCAGAAGCUCCAGGAGCUCCUGGAGAAGAGCCAGGAGAACCUCCAAGCGGCAGAUGCCAGCCACGCGCUUUCCAUGGAGAAUGAAACACUGCAGCAGCAGUUGGCUCAGAGCAGGGAGGCAAGCAAAGAGCUGCACUCACGGCUCCAAGAGGCAGAGCUGCAGCUGGAGCAGCGGAGCCAGGCGAUGACAGCGCUCGAGCAGCACCGUGCGGCAGAUGCCAGCACAAUACAACAGCUGCAGGGCGACCUGUCAGCGAUCCAGGGCACCGGCACCACCCAGGCACAGCAGCUGGAGUCGGCACUGCGGGAGCGUGACGAGGCCCAACAGCAGCUGCAGGAGCUCUUGCAGAGGAGCCAGGAGAACCUCCAGGCAGCAGAUGCCAGCCGCGCGCUUUCCAUGGAGAAGGAAACUCUCCAGCAAGAGUUGGCGCAGAGCAGGGAGGCGAGCAAAGAGCUGCAAUCACGACUCCAGGAGGCGGAGCUGCAGCUGGAGCAGCGCAGCCAGGCCAUGGUAGAACUGGAGCAGCUGCGUGUAGCAGAUUCCGCGGCCGUCCAGCGCUUGCAGGGUGACUUGGCAUCGAUCCAGGAGACCGGGGCGUCUCAGGCAGGGCAACUGGAGUCGGCUCUCCGGGAGCGUGACGAGGCCCAGCAGAAGCUGCAGGACGGAUCUCUGAGAGGGGCUUAG